AUGAACCGUUUUGAGUCACCUCAUUUUUGUGAGGCUCCUGUGUAUGCUCCUUCUCAUGAAGAGUUCGAUGAUCCUAUUAAGUACAUCCAAAAGAUUUACAGUGACGCUGUCAAUCAAAGCCUUUCAGAUCUCUCGAUUAGUAAUCGCGAAAAGAGUGCCUUUGUAGAGUCAUUCGCAAAUUAUUGGAGAUUGCAGAAUGCGGUUGUCUUUACGCAAUAUAUUAGAGGCAAACAGUUGGAUAUUUACAAAUUAUAUAAAGUCGUGAAAGAUAGUGGUGGCUAUGAUAAUGUUUGCCACGAGAACGCUUGGGUUGGCAUUUGCAGAAAGUUGGGCUUUGAACCUUACCCUGAGGUGGCGUCAGCCAUUUGCGCAAAAUAUCGGAAAUUCAUUCUUCCGAUUGAUAACUUUCACAAUUCAAACACCGAUUUGUGCAAAAAGUCAAAUAACCCCAGCCAGAUGCUCGUAUGUGACGUGUGCUGUUGUGAGGGAGUGUACCAUACAUUCUGCCUUGAUAAUCCCAUUUCACACAUUCCCAAAAGAUGGCUCUGCCCUAAGUGUUUUGCUAACGAAUUUAAUAAGAAAAAUGAAGUUGAUGCAAAUGGUUCUCGUAAAUCCGAUACUUCUUACACUCUACGGGAUUUCAGCUACGUUGCUGAUGAAUUCAAGACAAACUACUUUAAGAAGCCAUUGACGACGAUCGCUCUUGCUGAGAUCAGAGAUGAAUUUUGGAGGCUUGUGAACGAUGGUGAAUGUAAUGUUACCGUAGAAUACGGUGCUGAUCUUUGUUCAUCAAAAGGUAGCUCUGGCUUCCCCACCACUCCAAGUAAUCUGGGGAAAUUCGAUUACUGCAGUUCACCAUGGAAUUUAAACAACUUGGCAAAGAAUCCUCUCUCAGCUCUUCAUUAUUUACCCAGUAAUAUGACAGGCAUGAAGGCCCCCUCAUUUUAUAUUGGCAUGGUGUUUUCUUGUUUCUGUUGGCAUACUGAAGAUCAUUGGAGUUUUUCUAUCAAUUAUUUGCAUACAGGCGAUCCGAAAACCUGGUACGGGGUGCCGGGAGCACGUGCAGAUGCCUUUGAGGCGGCCAUGCAAGUAGAGGCAGGGGAGUUAUUCAUUCAUUCGCCUGAUGUCCUCCACCAUGUGACAUGCCUUGUUCCUCCCGAUCGCCUCCUGCACCGUGGCGUUCCUGUUUACCACCUCGAUCAGUUGGCUGGAGAGUUUGUGGUUACAUUUCCUCGAGCCUAUCAUGCUGGCUACAGUAAUGGCUUCAACUUUGCAGAAGCUGUUAACUUUUGCCCUGCAGAAUGGUUUCCAUUUGGGCUCCAUUGCGUGGACCACUACGCUCUGCUUCAUCGUCCCCCAUUGUUUUCCCACGCCGAGCUCCUCUGUCGCCUUGCAGAGUCAGGAUUAGAGAGCAGCAGAGUGCCCAUCACCUUCCUCCUAGUUGUGACCGACCAACUUGCCGGGCUUCUAGCCAAGGAGCGCUCCCUGCGUCGACACCUGGUGCGUCUAGGGGUUCGACGCACCGAGCGCUUUGUCUUUGAGGCCCUCGAUAAGGAGGCACGCAAGUGUCAGCUCUGCAGGACUACUCUCUUCACCUCUGCCCUCACCUGCUCCUGCUCCAAGUCUUUCCUAUGCUUGGAGCACUAUCAGUCAUGCACGUGUUGUGCAGCGGAGGACCAAAUACUUCUUUAUCGCUACGGCCUUGAUGAACUUUCGCAGUUUGUGGAGCGGCCGCAAGCGCGCAUUCGCGAGUACCAAGAGUGGAAGGCAUGUGUUGACGACUUCUUGCGUUCAAACACGUCUUUUCGCAACGCAAAAGAAAAAGGGGGAAAAUUCGCGCUUUACCUCAACAGUGCACAAGCUGAGAGCCACGGAAAGAUCAAUGAACAGAGAGGUACAGGGAAUCCUGAAGGAGGUAGUCCCAUGCAAAAAAUACCGCUUCAGGAUCUGGUUAAACUCAGAGACACGGGUCACCAGAAUUGCUACCCCGAUGAUUUGGUUGCUGCUUUGAACAAGAUAGUAGAGACAGCAGAGAGUUGUGCCUCAAUGAUUGGUGCGCUUUGCGCCCAAAAACCGGAAGGUCGGAAACGGCGCUCCCAGGCCAGCAGUACAUCUCAAAAGCACGACUUUCUUUCUGCGGUACUAGGAGACAAUAAAGAGGACGUUGUGGAACUUGAUCUCCCCUGGAACCCAUCGAUCACUAAGAUCACUAUGAAUGAGUUCGAGCAGUACGUGGAAAAGGUCAAUGGUCUGCCUUGCACAAUGCCCAGGAUGGAGGAGCUGAAUCGAUUUAAGCAGAGGCUGGAGGAGUGGCACACUUCAGCUUGUGAGCUGCUGUCGCUGGCCGAGCAGCCCAUCGUUGGUGAUCACAGCGGGCGUCCUCCUCCCCGCCUCCCUGAGAUCCACCGAAUCGAGCAGCUCGUAACUUUUGCCAGGGGUGUCGAUGUGGAGCUUUGUCAUCUGAAGGAUCUUAAGCAUCUUCUGGAAUGCGUGUCGUGGCUGGAGAGUGUGGAGAGAGUCAUGAAACUAAAAACCGCAUCAAACAGAGAUGUUCCCUCCUUAAAAGAACUCAUUGACCUUGAUACGCGUGGUCAGACGCUGGCUUAUGUCCUCCACCCCGACCGCCUCACGGGACAGUCUUUUGAGACGGAAAAAUCCGUUAUCACCACACUGGAGUCGGCCCUCUUGAAAGGGAGUGUCCGACUUCAAAAGGUGAUCUGCGAGGCACAAGUUGUCGAAAAUUCCAUUAAAGAGGUUCUCAAGGCACCCAAUGGUUCAUGUGAGCUCUCUGAAGCGGAGGCUCUGGUGGCUCAAGCGUCUUGUCUCAAGGCCACCUUCGAUGAGUCGGAGGAACUGGCUCAGCUGUGUGCCAAGGCCCACACUCUGCUAGGCCAUUUUGCUUGCUUCCAGCGUCUCUUCAAGAGUCCUUGUGUCAAUACCUCCAUGGAGUCGAGGGGAGGUAGGGAUGUGAAGGGGAAACAGGAGCUGCAGGCAGAGGGAGAGAUUGGAGCUGAGGACGCUUUCCCAGAGGAAUUUGUCCGACGGCUCAAACUAUACACUGCUGACUCUACUCCACAAGUUUGGCUUAAGUUCUACGAGGAAGUCUGCAGUGCUGCCAAAAAGCUCCCUUUUGUCUUUCCAGAUACUAUACGACUUAGAAAUUUGUUGAUUGCCCUCGAUCGCUGCUACUCGCGUAUAAAGGCGGCUUUUUUGCCUUCGGAUAAUGAACAUGCUUUUAGCCCAGCGAUCCUCUUAGAGGUGCUUCUGCCACGACCAAAAUCUGCUUACGGACUGCUCAUCCAACGCGACGCUGAGGUGAUGCCGAGUAGCAGUGCCGGUGACGCUUCCGGAUCGGGCCACGAUCCCAGGCCCUUUGACUCCCGGGCCUACGCCGAUGCGUGCAAGGAGAACGUUUCGAAAUUUUUGCGAGAACUCAAUGAUGGCAGUGACUUUGACCACAUGUAUGACACCGUCUAUACGCCAAUGAUCGAGAAUGAACUUCAGCUUCUCCACUACCUGCGUCGUUCGAACAUGCGCAAAUCGAAAGAGCGCGACCAGGAUGCGGUCAUCUAUUGCGUUUGCCGACAGCCAGGUUAUACGGGUAUCAUGUUGCAGUGCGAACUCUGCAAGGACUGGUUUCACAAACGAUGCGUCGGCUUCUCCUCUAGGAACGUCGAUAUCAGGCGCGUGCGCUACACUUGCCCCCGCUGUGAGCGCUCACUUCGGCCUGAACUCUCGGUCGUGAUCGCGAUACUAGAGGAGCUCGUUCCUCAUGUCACCGGCACUGCGGUAAAGCAGGACUUAGGGGCAAAAUCAGUUCCCUCCGACCAUUUGCCCACAGUCAAGUCAAGCAUCACCUCUGAUCUCAUGGCUCCCCUCGUCUCUGUUCCCUUUCUCCUUAGACUGCCCGCUCUCGCUGCCGUGCAGAUGCUCUGCGAGCGCGCCUUCGCGUUUGUUCGGCGUGUCAGAACCGUUAUUUUGUCCACCCCGGAACUGCGGAAGGCAUUCGUAGAGUAUGAGGCCUUUUCGGGGGUCCAAAUGCAGUGGAAUAACUUCAACGAGGGUGUGAUGUUGCACGCAUCUGCACGCCAGCAGCAGCGCUCCAUCGCUGACCACCAGUCAGAGCAGGAACUGCGUCCGGUUGGUCUCACGUACUCUCAUCUGCCGCCCAACGUCGUGCGUCCACCCGGUAUGCAGCCUCUUGUGUUGCGCACCACAGCACUGCGCAGUUUGGCCUCCGAGAGGCUGCACCACCUCCACCGCCAGCAUCACUUCAGCAAUCCUUCCCCGCCUCCCCUUCUCUUUCCGCAUCAUCUUCAACGUUCCACCUCACCCUCUCGGCAGGAGCCCUCCUCACCAGCCUUCGAAAUGGAUGACACUGACGAUCGUGAUAGUAUGAGGAGCAACACCGAGAAGGAUCAUAGGAAUUCAAAUAAACGGAACGAGAAAGAGGCAGCAGUUGCAUUAGCUAUCAUGUCCUCCGCUACCACUGAUCUCACUGAACCACUGGCCAGUCCUAGAGAGCAGCAUUCUCCCUUUCCCAAUCCCCAUUCUCUUCCCCGCCAUCCACGACGCCGAACGUUGAGCGGGGAAGGCCAUCAGCGUCAUUUACAGUGCGAAGGUUCGAUGUCGUCCGCUGAAUUCCAUUGCUACAUACCACCCGACGCUUGCAGUUGGCUGGACACCCUGAUUGGGGAGGCCUGUGCAUUGGAAGUGAGCCUUCCACAGAUCCGGUGGCUAUGGCAACUCUCCUUGGCCGCAGAUCCUGACUCCCCUGGCGCUCUGCAUCCCCGUGUCGUCUAUGAGGACGAGAUGGCUCUCCGUCGACGCGAGUAUCGGCGACGCUCCAUUGGAGAAGACUUCGGGGUGCACCGACGCGCGCGUCCUUGUCGUUCAGAUUCCUCUGAAAGACCCUUCUACUUUACGUUUUUACGCCCCGUUUUAAUACGGCGACUCUUUCUUCAGUUGGCUCACAAAGGAAGAGAGUCUGCUCUGGGUUCGGAUGGGGUCGAGUCCUAUGGCGGCCGUUGUGUGAAAAGAAGGAAAGUGUCUAGCGAAAGUAGCCGAACAGCUUCUCUCCUUUCUCAAAGACGCAGAAAUAAACCUGCACCUCGUUCAUCUAUGGGCUAUCUUUCAUAUUUAGCCUCUCGUCGCCGUUCCCUCUUCAGGUUCUCACGGGAUUCCAAGAGACAAUCUGAGACAUACAGUAGAGAAGGGAAAGAGGAGGCAGAGGUGAAUGUGAAGGAAUGUGAAAACGAAAAUAGAGGCGGAGAUUCUGAUUUAAAUGCUAUGGCAGAUGAUUCAGUUAAAAACAAAGAGAUACCUCACCGUGAACCACGUGGUGGAGUACGGAGACAGCCUUCCAACUCCUCCUUUGCCUCCAUAUCAUCUGUCCCCUCUUCCCCCCCAACUGGUGGACAGCACUCAGCCUCCAGCUCUAAAUUUCAAUUUAACCGUGGCAAACAAGUCUCCGAGGUCGCUCAGAACUCCAUAGACCAUCACCUUGCCGCGACUCGUCGUUUCGCAACGGCUGGUGCGGUACGCCGGACCUCCAUAUUGUCAUCGACUCGGCGAGAUCGCGGCGGCGGUGGCAGGAUGAUGAAAGGACUUUCGCGACAGCAGCGGCGAACUUUGGUACCUCGAAGACGAUCGAGGGAAGAAAACAAGGUUGGGGGAGUGAAUGAGGAGGACAAAUGGCAGGAGUUUUGCGAAGCUCCCAACGGCUGCAAAAGACCUCGUGGCACUGUUGCUUGGGUAGCCUGCGACCAAUGCAACUAUUGGUAUCACCAACGCUGCGUCGGCAUCAUGUCCACCCGUGAGGUGCCCGAGGUCUACGUCUGCGGGGCUUGCCAAUUUGGCGAUGUUGGGGAAAAGAUAGGAAGCAGGAGGCCACGAUCGUCUCGCCCAAAGAGCAGCCGUAUCAGCGGUCAACCCUGGUCUGCACCCAAAGUCGAGCGCCAGCGAGAGGGCUCGACCGGCUCCUCUACCUCGUCAGGGAGUGCCGUCAGGACGGAGGCACAGGAUUCGUCUGAGGAUCCUCCAGUUCAACUCAAACGAUCCGGCCUUGCAUCACCCGAAAAGAAUUUUGGUAACUGCUUCGCACGGAUCAAUCACUGA